AUGGAUUCCUGGACGUUUCACACCAUUCGCCAUGGUGACCCCGAAUACGAAAAAGCACGAUGCGCCGCAGUCUGGAAUGGUCGAGUUCCAGAUCGAUACCCCGAACUGAUCACUUACUAUGAAAAUGAUACCCACGUUCAAGCAAUCGUCCGUUACGCGAAGGAAAAGAAAAUGAGCAUCGGAACCAAGUCAGGAGGCCAUUCCUGGACAGCCUCCUUUCUUCGCGAUGGGGGUAUCAUGGUCGACCUUGCGAAAAUGAACAACUUCACAUUUGACGUGAAAGCCCGUACUGCAAUUGCUCAACCUGCAGUGUAUGGUUCGGACCUCAAUGCUGCCCUUGUUCCGCACAACCUCAUGUUUCCUGGUGGACAUUGUCCGACUGUUGGACUGGGAGGCUUUCUGCUACAGGGAGGCUUCGGGUGGAACUCUCGCAAAUGGGGUGUCGCAUGCGAAAGUGUCAUGGCGAUAGACGUGGUCACAGCGGAUGGACAGCUUAUCCGUGCAAGCCCAACUGAGAACUCUGACUACUAUUGGGCUAGUCGUGGUGCUGGGUGUGGAUACUUUGGUCUUGGAAUCAUGACUGCACGGUAUAUCUUCGAAACAACCCACCUGGACGAGGUUCUUGCUGCUAUCGAUGCUGUCUCAGAGUCAGUUUCCCCGGAUCUUGAAAUCGGGCUUUUUGUCGCGCGCGAUCAGGAUGGUAUCAUGGGUCGACCGACACUUGCAAUCACGGCUGAUGCGCUUUCCGACACGGAAGAAGAGGCUUGGACCGCUCUCGAUCUUCUACAUGACCUACCCGUGAUGAAGAAAGCCAUCAAGUCAGCUCCAUUUGUUAGUUGCACGUUGCGAGAAAUGCUUAAGCGAUUCGAUGAUAUUCUCGACAACCGCGGAAGACGAUACGAAGCCAAUAACCUCUGGACGGAUCUACCUGUCAUAGAUCUGCUCCCCAAUUUCCACAAGAUUAUUGAGGCGCUUCCUUCGGCGCCCUCCCAUCUCUACAUGAUGUGGUGGCUCCCGGUUAAACGUCGUCCGGAGAUGGCGUUCUCUAUGCAGGCGCGUCUAUAUGUCGCUCUCUAUGCGAUCUCUACGGAUCCGGGACAGGAUACUAAGAAUUCCAGUUAUGUGAUUUCUUCUUUGGAGGAGAUGGGACAUCUGCGAAAAGGAAUUCAACUCGCCGAUGAGAACCUACCGGGUCACCCUGGAAAGUUUAUGCGUACGCAGAACUAUGUCAGGUUGAAAAAGUUGCGCCAAAAAUACGAUCCAGAAGGUCGGUUCUAUAGCUAUAUUCGAGUACCACGCGAGUUCGAAGCUGCUGAGCUGCUCUCUCUUCACUGUGAAUGA